AUGGUCUUUCUGUCUCCAGUCUCUGUUCUGGUCCUCUUCUGCGUGGUCUUCACCUGGCGAUACUUUGCAAAUAGGAAAUACAGCCGUCUGCCCCCAGGCCCCCGACCAUGGCCCAUCAUCGGCAAUAUCCACCAAGUGCCGCUUCGAGACCCGUGGAGGAAGGUCUCUGAAUGGCAUCAGCAGUACGGGCCGAUCAUCUGCUUCUGGAUCGGACCUGUCCCCGUGGUCGUGCUUGCCAGUAUGGAAGCCUGCCAUGAGAUUUUCGAUAAGCGCGGCCGCAUCUACAGCUCCAGGCCGCAGGUCAACUUCGUGAACCAGCUAAACGGCGGCCUCCAGCCGUUCCUCUUCCCUUAUAAUCGCGCACUCAAGCUGCACCGCCAGAUCUACCGCGUCAUGCUGGACCCAACGGCGACGCCGAAGUAUCGACCGAGAGAAGAGGCGGAGACGUGUCGGCUGCUGUAUGAGCUCUCAUCCAAGCCGGACGACCAGGCGCUUGUGCUCCAGCGCUUCAACCCAAAUCUAUCGUCGCUCAUGGCCUACGGCGAGCGAGUCCAGGACUGGGGCUGGUUCGCGCGUCUCCGUGAAGGAAUGGAGGCCGGAAUCAGGGGCCUGUACAGCGGCGGCGUGCUGGUGGACGCGAUCCCGGCCCUGAACCGGCUGCCUGGGUGGGCGUCGCCGUGGAAGAAGAUCGCGGACGAGGCCUUCCGGCGCAAGGUGGCGGCGCUGGGCCUGGUGGCGAGGCAGGGGCUGGCGUGUGAGACGGCCAACUGGACGCGCGCGGUGCGCGAGCUCAAGCAGGCGGACGAGAUGUCGUGGGAGCAAUUCGUGUACUCGACGGGCGAGCUGUUCGAGGUCUCGUACAUGACCUCGUACGUCUCGCUCGGCAUGUUUCUGAUGAUCUGUGCGACGCAGCCGCAUGCAACCCGCAAGGCCUCGGAGGAGCUCGAGCGCGUCAUUGGGCCUGAUCGGCUCCCGUGCUUCGAGGAUCUGGCGAGACUGCCCUACCUGGCGGCGUUUAUCAAGGAGGUGCAGCGCUGGCGCCCUGUUGCACCGCUGGGGGCGCCCCGUUCCGUGACCGAGGACGACGAGUACGAUGGCUACCUGAUUCCGGCAAACACGACCGUCGUGGCAAACAUCUGGGCCAUUCACAUGAAUCCGGCGGUCUUUGAGGAGCCUGAAACGUUCCGACCGGAACGAUGGCUCAAAAGGCCCGAUGCGUCGCUGGCGACAUUUGGAUUCGGGCGGAGGAUAUGCCCCGGCAGGCACAUCUUCGCGGACGUGUUUGCAAUCACCGUGGCCAGGCUGCUGUGGGCCUUCACCAUGGAGCCGACCGUAGAUCCUGGUACUGUCGAUGCGUCCAGGUCUGCCCAUCCAGGCGUCAUCUUCAGGCCCGUCGAUGUGGGCAUGAAGUUCCGAGUCCGCAGUGCCAGGCACCAGGAGGCCAUUGAGCGAGCGUGGGUGGCUCUGCAGGAUUGA